CUUCGAUCCUGGAACAGCUUCUGUAUGGGAAUCAUAUUGUUGGGACAGAUGUAGAAAUACAUGUGGCAAAAUAAUGACAUUUUAAGGAAAAGUUGUUGAGGCAAAGCAUGAAAAACAUCAUUUCAAACUGGCAAGUUAUCUGCUUAUAAUUGCUCCCGUUUGUUGACAUGCACAUACAAUGGGAUGAUAUACAGAAUUAUUUACUUAUUCCUGUGAAUUAACCUGAUCGAUUGAACUAGAAAUUAAUUGUAGGCCCUGAGUUUGUCUGUGAUGAUAACCUAAUGUGGUCAUGCUAACUAUGGUGAGUUGAAUCACUCUUACACUAUUGCCCAUCACAUUGUGUCCCCAAAUCAAACUUCCUUUUUAUUUGGUAUAUUGUGCCUCCCAGUUAUGCACACUUUUUCCUCCAUGUUCUUGCUGAAGUAACUUAAGAACACUGAAACAAUAAUUAAACGUUUAGCAGUUGCAGUUAGCAGAAAGUAUUCUAGAUACCUGUGUAGGUCUUUCUAGGAGCAGGAUUCAGGUUUUUUUUUGGUAGAUUCUUAUAUAUUGUCUGAUUGACUCUCUGCAGGUGCAGAAAUGAUUGAAACUCAGGAAGACAUUUAUGUAGGUUCCAUUGAAACGGACCGGAAUAUGCGUGAACAGGUGCGUUUCUAUGACACACGAGGUUUGAGGGAUGGAGCUUCCCCAUGUUCGGAGUUGCCCAAGCAUUGCUUCUCUUGCACGGAUGGAUUUGUACUGGUUUACAGUAUUGACAGCAAGGAGUCUUUCAAGAGAGUGGAGAUUCUCAAGAAGGAAAUAGACAAAAACAAGGAUAAGAAGGAGGUGACUAUUGUGGUCUUAGGCAACAAAUGUGAUUUGCAGGAACAACGCCGUGUGGACCACGAUAUAGCCCAACACUGGGCAAAGGCAGAGAAAGUAAAACUGUGGGAAAUCUCAGUUGCUGACCGUCGGAGUCUCAUUGACCCCUUUGUUUACUUAGCGAGCAAAAUGACACAGCCACAGAGCAAGUCCACCUUCCCACUCAGCCGCAAGAACAAAAGCAGUGGUUCUGUGGAUGGAUGAAACCCACAGGUGCUGGACUCACUAUUGCUGGCAAAAACGUAUGCAUGUAGGGCAGGGCUGGCCUUGCCACAGAGCACAAACUAGUAGCAGAUACUAGAUAAAGGCACUUCUUUUGUUCCUAUCUCUAUGUCAUUUGUUUUUGUUUUGGUAGAAAGAACUUUCCAAAUCCAAAGCAGGAAUGUAGAACUUUUUCAUUAUUUUCCACAAAAUAAUAAUUUUUAAAAAAUCGAGCAGGUAGUUCCUGCAUAUGUCUAGUGCCUAGUGUAUUAAAUACACUGUCAACCUGACAUAAACCACAUUAAAGGUUGGGUUUUUAACAUUCUUUUACUCAGACUCAUUUUGUUUUUUUUACUGUUUUUAAAGAACCCACAUUUUAAAUCUGAAAAUAGCUUUUAGGGGUACUAAUGUAUAUUCUUGAUUUGGACCCUGAAGGGUAGCAUGAUAGAAAUAUCCAGUGUUACCAGAAAUAUCUCCUAGGUUGUGGAAAAGGGAGGGAUGAGCCAUGGAUAUAGCAACAUGAGUAAAAAUAAUAAUGGAAUGUUCCUUCAGUUCAGUAUUGGAGCCCGUUUGGCCAAAUUAAUCCACCAUCUUCCAUGUUCCUGAAUUAGCAGAUUCUAGAAUGGUUUUUUUAGACGCUAACUGCACUUUUAUAAGGAUACCAAGUCGUGGAGAAGAGGAAACAUACAAAUAGAAACUUGUGGGAAAGCACAUUAUUGAUCAACAAAAAAUAAAUUUGAGAAUAAUAGUUUUUAGUGAUCUUUUAUAUAUCAUUAAUUCCCUUGAUCUGGAUUUGAUCUUGAUUGUUUUGUGAAUGUCUCUUCCAAACAUUGUGACUUUGUGUUCCUGAUUUGGAUAAUGGAUGUAACAAUUUAUAUAACUGAUAUCAUGAUAAAAUGGAUUCAACUCAGAGUAAUGUUAUUCCAUAAUGCAUUGAAAAAUGAUACCUAUGUUAGUUGCUUAUGAACUCUUGGAAGUGCAGAUUAAAAACAGAUUCUACACUGCUCUGAAUUGUUUGUGGAAUAUCAACUUUUAUUGAAUACAAUACAGAACACAGUGUCCCAGUCAGAAUAGAUGAUACCAAUAAAUUAAAAAAAAUGUAUUUUAGCUUUCCCAACAUCAAUGUGAAUAUAAUUAUUUUUCCAGUUUUUCCAGUAUAGAUUAGGGAGAGGGGAUUGGGAAGAUAAUUUAAACAGAAAGAUUUAAAUUGGACAAAAAUGGCAUUGUUAUUAGCAAAAUAUUUGUUUUUGAAAAAUUCAAAGAUAAUUAUUUUCCAUUUAAGGUCUUUGUGAAAGAAAUUAAACCUUAAAAAAAUCUUACGUAUUUGCAAAAAGAAUGUUAAAGAAAAAUGUCUAUUAAUCUAUAAGUGCCACAAUGUCAGCAAAUACAACUCAUUGUUGGAAUAAGAAUAAAAAUUGUGUUACAUUACAAUACAAGUAGUCCUCAAUUUAUAACCACAAUUGAGUCCAUAAUUU